AUGAAAUCGCCGGACAUCAAGUACGAAGAUCUUGUUACUGAUUUGUCAAAGGCCUUGGGUUUAGGUCGUGAAACAAUUAGUAAGACUAUCGCUGAGUACAGACGUACAAAUACGGUUUCAUCUCCCAACAAAAAGCGUGUUAAGCAGUCUCUUUUCGACAAAAUUGAUGAUCUGGAUCGCAAUGGAUUACGGCAAAAAAUUCAUUCAUUUUGGUUGCGUCGUGAAUUACCUACGAUCGACAAAAUAUUAAUUGCAGUAAACGAAGAUCCAUCGCUGCCUAAUUUCAAACGAUCUACUUUGUACAGUACCAUCAAGAAAUUGGAUUUCGUGUUCGAAAAAAGAAAAAGGUGCAGUGUGCUAACGGAGAGGAAAGAUUUGAUUGUUUGGCGCCGCAACUAUUUGUACAAUAUUCGUAAGUAUCGUCAGGAAGGUCGACAAAUUUAUUAUUUGGACGAGACGUGGUUGAAUGCUGGUGAUUGUGUGGACCGCGUGUGGAAGGACAAUACUGUUCUUUCCAAACACGAUGAGUUCAACAAAAGACUAACGACCGGGUCGACCAACCCAACUGGCAAGGGCAAGCAGCUCAUAAUACUCCAUAUUGGUUCGGACAAAGGUUUUUUGCCAGGUGGAUUAUUAUGCUUCGAAUCAAAAAAAAAUAGCGCCGAUUAUCAUGAUGAGAUGAAUGGUGAUAAUUUCAAGGAAUGGUUUGAGGCUAUUCUACCUCGACUUGAACCUAAUGCCAUUAUUGUAAUGGACAACGCACCAUACCAUUCCGUCAAAUUGGAAAAAUAUCCAAGUACGCGUUGGAAUAAAGCCCAAUUAUCGGAGUGGCUUCAAUCAAAAGGUGUUAUUCUUGACAGACCAUUUUUGAAGCAUGAACUGAUGGCCAAAGUACGUGAAAUACCACAAAAUAAAUCUUACGUAAUCGAUAAAAUUGCAGAAGACGCAGGUCACACCGUACUCCGAUUACCACCCUAUUAUUGCGAAUUUAAUCCAAUUGAAUUGGCAUGGGCUAUGGUAAAAGGUUACGCGAAACGCGAAAACACAUCGUUUAAGAUCGACGAUGUUCGCCAACUUCUUCAUACGGCAAUUGAAAGGGUGACAUCAGAAAAUUGGCAAAAUUUCAUCAAACAUGUUAUCGAAGAAGAAGAGAAAAUUUGGAAAGUCGACGAUAUCAUGGACGAAUUGAUUGAUCAAAUGGAACCUUGUGUUUUAACAAUAACGGGAGACACUGAUUCUGAUUAUGAUUAA